GUGAUUCUGCUACUGUCACUUUAGUUAACUAAAUGUUAAUAAUAAGCAGCUGAUUUUGUUAUGGAAAUCAUAAAUAAAAUAAGAAAAUCUAAUUUGAGAUGAUCUUAGUAUUCGCAAUAACAUAGUACAUUACUUUCAUAAUGUUACAAGAAGCAUUUAUGGCUGGUAUAUGGUCAUCAGUGGGAAGUACUUUGGGAAAACUCUCUGGAACAUCAGAUGUGGUGGGUGACAGUUACAUUUUGUGGGGUUUUCUGCUGGUUGUAAUGGUUUUAGUCAAUACAUGGGGAUGUCGGUGUUAUCUUCGGUCAUUAGAUGCAUCUACAAACUCAGUAGCACCAACUGUAAUAUCUUCUGCUUCUAGUUAUAUACUUUCGGGAUUAAUCGGUGUGGUAUUAUUCAAUGAAGCAUCGUCCUUCCAGUGGUGGAUUGGCACUGCACUUAUUGUACAGGGUUUAGCAUUAGUAUCACAACAACGCAAAUAAAACAUAUAAUUAGUUUUGAAGGUAAAUAGUAAAAACAAACCAUUGUGAUUUAUAUCUUUAUCUCAACAUUCCUUCAUAAUAUAUUUUGAAAGUAUUAUAACUUUAUUUUUAUUAAAUAUGUUACUGUGAUAAAUAUCAAAAAU